AUGCACGGCUUGGCUCCGCUUCUCAUUGCGAUGACUGCGAUUGCUUCGGCAAUGGCGACCACCGAGGCGACGACUGCGUGCUCGUCCAGCGUCCUCCAGACGGCCGUCGCACCCGUGCUCUUCUCGGCGGCGACCGCGCUCACGCAAUGCUCGACGACCACGGGGCUUUCGAUUGCGAGUCUUGCUAGCUCGUCGGCGAUCCCGUCGACGCAGCUGGCUGCCUUCCUCGACGACACCAACUGCAUGUCCUUUGCGAGCAGCGUCGCGGACGCCAUUGCUGCGAUUUCGCCUCUCUGCGCGCUUCAGACGUCGCCAAGUGUCGUGACGACGGCCGACGUAUCGAACCUCUCGACCACCGAGUUUGUGACGCUGCUCUUGUCGUCGUCGUCGUCGUCGUCGAGCAGUUCCAAUGCAGCGACCAACGCAACCGCGGUCGUCACGGUGUCACCCACUGCCAACGCCACCGAUGCCAAUGCGACGACGGACGCACCGACAACCAUUGCCGCGACGACGACCGUGACGCCGACCGUGGCAAGCACAUCGAAUGCAACGCCGACGCCGACGAGAGUGAGCUCGAGCCCGAUGCAGUUGGCGUCGAGCAUCACGCUACUGUGUGCCGUCACUAUGCUGGCCAUGGUCUAA